GUUGUAUAGAGUAAAUGCAGUUUAAUUAAAAGAGCAACAUUUCUCCCUGAAAUGUUGUGGAGUUGAAGGUUAAUUAACAUAGAGUGAAAUUAUAAAGUUAAUCAAAAUUAGACUUAAGGAUAGCAUUGCUACUAUACUUAAUUACUUUCCACCACUGACAACAACAAACUCUGGCAAUGUUAAAUUUUUAAUGCAUUUCCCCUGCUGAGCAGCUCAGUGUGGCCCUGCAAUUGUUGUAGGGCUCCAUAACCACAGCACCUAGAAACAUGACAUUAGUUCUGCUUCUGUACAGAUAAAGCCAGUACCUGAAAGCAAAACUUUCUAAUUGUUAUACACCUAGGCUUUUGGACCAACUAUGCUUUUCAGCAAGUAAUUCAUGAAGGAAACGCUCAUCUGACAGUGGAAAUGGAAAGGUUUUCAUUACACCCAAAACAGCUGUAACUGCAAACAUUGGUCAACAAUGGAAACCAAAGAGGGUAAACAGUGGUGGGAUCCAUAUGAAACAUCACAUAGAAGACACUUUGUCUACUGGCCAAACUCAUCUGCAGAGAUUCUGCUGCGUCCAUUGUCAACAUCGUUUGUAGACUCGUGUUCACUGUCUGGACCUUUUGGUUCAACUGUGUACAAAAAGGACUUUUGCUGGAAGCCAGCCUGUAAAGCUGAAUGUGUUCGCACAGGAACAGCCUCAGGACAGAGGAAAAACAACCCACAUCCCAGCCAGUCUUUUAUGAUAUGGAGAAUGCCUAGGGAUGCUACACAAAGCCCUGAGUAUGUUAAGUCUACAUGGAAAGGCAGCCCAUCUGAAGGGGCGCUCCAUAAGGCCUUGACAGGACAGUACUGCUCCACCUACAGAUGUGACUUCAUGGGCAUGCCUCAAGGAUACAAUCACAUUAAUAAUUCAGAAGGAAGACUUGCACCUCUGCACGGUGGCCAUCAUGCGCCGCUCUCUACUGAUACAGAGAUGAGGGACAGUUGCCGCCAGCCAAAGCAAAAGCCUGGACUGCUAGGCAGUCACUCUCACUACAGCACCAGUGCAGAUCCUAGUGUGGCCUUCUGUGGUAUAGUUCCAACUGUCGUAAGAAGGCACGUCAAUACUCGGCAGAAAAGAUCAGAUUUGACAACCUACGAAAGGUUUUUCGGUAAGGUUUCUGUGAUAAAGUCUUCGCUGCCCCAGGAGCUGCAGCAGUUACCCAGGAUUUUACCUGAAGACAAAGAGGCUGUAAAAAGUGUUCUGAGUUAAGUUACUUAACUAACCAACAGGGAGAAGCUAAAUAAACUUCCAGCUGUUGUGUUUGACUCCUGCUCACCAGAGUGGAUAUCAAGCUGGCCGUGACCCCCUCCGAUUGCUCACGCUAGGAGUGUGUUCAUUUGUGUUUGUAUUUUGUCAUGUUAUGUAAUUUAUUUUCAUGUAAAAAUAUGUACUUAAUAAACGAACAUUGUCUUAUAUAAUUAAUUUGCUGUGUGUGUUGUGAUAAUUAAUCAACUCCCCUGAUGAAAGGAUAUUUAUCUGUGUUCACGCCU